AUGCAGGCGACGCAAAUGCACUCUCACGUGCCAAGCCAAGCUCCCAUGCAAGUGGAGUCGGGCGCGUGCGGGCCGUUCACGGUGGCGCAGUGGCAGGAGUUGGAGCAGCAGGCGCUCAUCUUCAAGUACCUCGUCGCGGGAGCCCCUGUUCCGCUGGAGCUCGUUUCGCGCGUGCGCUUGUCCAUGCCGCCGCUACCGUUCGGGAUUCAGACGUUUCAUCCCAUGGGAGCCUUCAUGCCAUCUUUCUGGGGGCCGUCGAUGCAAGUGGAUCCGGAGCCCUUUAGAUGUCGCCGGACAGAUGGCAAGAAGUGGCGGUGCGCCCGUGAGGUGGUGGCGGAGCAGAAGUACUGCGAGCGCCACUUGCACCGCGGGCGCAACCGAGCACGCAAGCUCAACGACAAGGCCACGCCCGGAACCUCCCUCGUGGCUGACGAUGGGGAAACCACCCCUACAGCCACCACUGCCACCACCGCCACCACUGCGACCACGGGCAUUGGUGCCGCGGAUGGAUGUCUCACGAGCGAUGGAGUGCGGGCUAUGGAGUCUGUGGACGAUGGGCGGGGCGCCAGCACUGGUGUGAUGGACGCCAGUGCAGGGGGUGGUGGGGUGGGGACUAGUGGUGGGGCUGGCGGGGUUGCCGACAGGACAGGCAGUCCGUCGAGUGGCAACAGCGGUGGAGAUUUUGCGUCUGCGGAGUGUGCAGCAGGAAGGGAGAAUGAUGCGUGUGGAUGGGUUGCGGGAGGGCGCGUGGGAGGGGGUGGUGGUGCGGAGAAGAGUGGGGCAACGGGCGAGGGGAAUGGAAGGAGGGAGGGUGAGCCGUGUCACGGGGUGGUAACGGCGCCAGCCUCUGCUGCUGGUGCGGCUUCUGAGCCUGCAGGUGUCGUCUGUGUGCCUACAGCUGUGGUGUGUGUGUCCACCAGAGAUGUGAUUUCCCCAGUGCCUUUGCCCACAGGAGUGGUGUCUGUGGUGUCUACACCCACCGGGGCAGUGGCAGGCGGACACCCGCCUCCUCUUGCUCUCCCGCCCCCUGCUCAUGCUGUGGAGGGCCGCUCUCAGCAGGUGCAACAGCAGCAGCAGCAGCAGCAGCAGCAGCAGCAGCAGCAGCAGCAGCAGCAGGAAAGAUUGCCUGCUGGUUCCCCUCUGGCUGGAUCGACUGUGCAUGACAGUGCUGCUGCUACCCUCAUGAAAGGGGACAAGCAGAUUGGCGCUGCUCCCAUGGAUGUGGAUGCACAGAAGCAAGGGAGCCAGUGUGUGCUGCCAUCUCCAUUUCAUGGUUCAGAUGGUGGGAGUGGAGCACAGAGCCCAGUGGACAUCUCUCCACUUGGGCCUGUCCCGGUCGCAGCAUCUAAUGAAGCGGUGAAGCAUCAGCUUAUAAAAGGGUCGCGUGUAUCGGAGGAUCUGGACCAGGAGUACCCCGUGAGAAAGGACGUUGACGUCACUCAAGUCAGCAAGUUCCGUCCUCGGGGCGUGGAGCCUAGCAUUCGAGGCGAGGUGUGGCCGUUCCUCCUGGGGCUAUACUCGCUCAACAGCACGCACGAGGAGCGGAACGCCAUGAGGGAAGCACGGCGCACCCACGAGGAGCGGGACGCCAUGAGGGAAGCACGGCGUGAUUUCUAUGCGAGGUUGAAGCAGGAGUGCAACGAGGUGGAUCCGGUGGUGGGCAGUGGCGUGGUCGUGGACUUCCCCCGCGUGCUCGAGGACGGCUCUGACGUCCCUCUCCCCUCCUACUACAGCGGCCCGCACAUCGACGACCCCUCUUCCACACAUGUAGAUGUGAAUGGAGGAGGAGCAGCAGGGCGGGACGGUGGAGAGGGGCAGAGUGCGGUGCUGACGGAGCGGGAGAGGCUGGUGGGGCGCGUGGGGGAGGAGCGGGUGCGCAAGUGGCGCUUGGGGCUGCAUCAGAUAGGCGUGGACGUGCAGAGGGCGGAUCGCACGCUCGUGUUCUACGAGGAGGAGGGCAACCGCUCGCGUCUGAUGGAGGUUUUAGCGGUUUAUUCCUGGUUCGACCCCGACGUGGGGUACUGUCAAGGUAUGAGCGACCUCAUGUCGCCCUUCAUUGUCAUCUUCCCCAACAACGCUGAUGCUUUCUGGUGCUUCGAACGCCUCCUGCGCCCCAUUCGGAGCGACUUCAUGGGAACAUCAGCGAGCAUAGGCGUGCAGAAGGAGAUUGACAACCUCAAGAACAUCACGCGCGUGCUCGACCCCGAGCUCUACGCGCAUCUUGACGAGAUAGGAGCGGGGUCCAUGUUCUUCACAGUGCGCCCCAUCAUGGCCAUGUUCCGCCGGGAGCUCUCCUUCGCUGACUCCAUCUACUUUUGGGAGAUGAUGUGGUCGUGGGAUUACGAUGCUCGGGAUGCGGAUCUACUAGCCAUGGCGGACCAAUCCGUGUUAAAUCACCACGCCGUGAACUUCCCUCAUUCCGCCGCCUCCCCGCAUGCCCUCCACCAAAACUCGUUUGCGGCCGCCACCACCGCUGCUGCAGAAGCAGCCGCAGCGGCCGUGGCAGCGUGUGAGAGCUCUGGCUCUGGCUCCUCUGGGGUCGAAGCGAUCCCAUCUGGUGCGGCCAAAGCUGCUGCCAAGGCUGCUGCUGCGGAAGCUGUUGCUGCGGCCGUCUCGUCUUCUGGGAGAUCUGGGGUGGACGGGGUGACGCCUGGUGCUGCCCGGAUGGCCGGUGCUGCGGCUGCAGUGGUGCGGGUUGCUGGGAGGGAGGAGGAGGGGCAGCAGGGGGGGAAAGGGAGGGCCAGCCCUUUGAGACCAGGUAAGCUGGGAGGGGGGCUGGGGGGCAUGGGAUGCCGUUGGGGGCAUCAAACUGGCUGCCGUUGCUGCGGUGGGGAGGGUUGCUGGGAGAGAGGAGGAGGGGCAGCAGGGGGGAAAAGGGAGGGCCAGCCCCCUGAGAUCAGGCACACGCUCCACUGCAGCAGCGUGGGCGAGUGUGGAAGCAGCAGCACACGCUCCACUGCAGCAGCAUGGGCGAGUGUGGAAGCAGCAGUCACCUCUGGCGCUCUCACGGACACCAAAAGGAACUCCUCGUCCGACCCUGCCGGUCCCGGUGGCGGCAGUGCUGCUAAUUCCCGCGCCAGCACCCCCUCACUCCCCGCCAACCGCCUCCCCUCCCGAAAGCACCACAGCGAGCGCAAAGUCCCCGCCGCCGCCACCACCCCCCCCACCACCAACAACAGCACAGGCAGCCGGGCCAUAGAUGGGGCUCGCUCCCGCAGCUGGGCGGGCGUGGGGCCGUACAGGAAAGACGUGAUCCGUUACGUUACUCUAGAUGCUUCUGCUGGCAAGCUAGCUGCAAGCAAGAGUGCCAAGUACCUCUCCUCGCGGCGCUCUGCUGUGGCUCUCUGGCACAAGGCGCAGAAGCUCGCAGGACCGGUGGGUACGGCUGCUGCUACAGCUGCCAUGCCGGGUGAUGCUGUGGUGUUUGCUGUCUCGGCGUUUGCCGGCCGACCAAUCACACCAACUUAUGCUGCUGCUGCCGGUGCAGAGUCGGCGGGGGUGGCGGUGCCGUACGUGCGGAGGGAGGAGCAGGAGCGCAUGACGACCUUCUGUGUGCUCGCCAUUGUGCUCAAACUGAGGGACGAGUUUAUCGACGACGCCUCUGGGCUCGACGAUGUGGUGGAUAGCUUCAAUGCAGCAGCAGGGUCGUGGGACGUGAAGAAGCUCUGUAAACGAGCAGUGGAUCUUCAUCGGCAGUACCUUGUUCUGGCCGAACCCUCUGAUCUAUCAACUCGCAUUUCCCUCAAUUGCCUCUGUCCCAUCCCGUCUUCCCCUCCACCCACCUCCUCUCUCUCUCCUGUCCUCUCUCUCUCUCUCUCUCUCUCUCUCUCUCUCUCUCUCUCUCCUCUCUCUCUCUCUCUCUCUCUCUCCUCUCUCUCUCUCUCUCUCUCUCUCUCUCUCUCUCUCUCUCUCUCUCCCCCCCUCCCUCCUCCCUCCCUCUCUCUCUCUCUCUCUCUCUCUCUCUCUCUCUCUCUCUCAUCUCCUCUCUCUCUCUCUCUCAUCUCUCUCUCUCUCUCUUCUCUCUCUCUCUCUCUCAAUUGCCUCUGUCCCAUCCCGUCUCCCUCCACCCACCCUCCUCUCUCUCCUCUCUCUCUCUCUCUCUCUCUCUCUCUCUCUCAUCUCUCUCUCUCCUCUCUCUCUCUCUCACUCUCUCUCUCUACAUCUCUCUCUCUCUCUCUCUCUCCCUCGCUCUCCCUCCCUCCCUCCCUCCCUCCCUCCCUCCCUCCCUCCCUCUCCCUCUCUCUCUCUCUCUCUCUCUCUCUCUCAUCUCUCUCUCUCUCUCGUCUCUCCUCUCUCUCUCUCUCCUCUCUCUCUCUCUCCUCUCUCUCUCUCUCUCUCUCUCUCUCUCUCUCUCUCUCUCUCUCUCUCUCUCUCUCUCUCUCUCUCUCUCUCUCUCUCUCUCUCUCUCUCUCUCUCUCUCUCUCUCUCUCUCUCUCUCUCUCUCUCUCCCUCUCUCUCUCUCUCUCUCUCUCUCUCUCUCUCUCUCUCUCUCCCUCUCUCUCUCUCUCUCUCUCUCUCUCUCUCUCUCUCUCUCUCUCUCUCUCUCUCUCUCUCUCUCUCUCUCUCUCUCUCUCUCUCUCUCUCUCUCCCCCCUCUCCUCUCUCUCUCUUCCCACAGAAACUGGCCGCGCAUGAGCUAGGCCGAACCCUCUGA